GAGAAACGCAAAUUAUAAGCAGCAAAACAGAAGCUUAUAAGAAAGAGAAGCAAAAAAUGCCGAAGAACAAGGGAAAAGGAGGAAAGAAUAAGAAGAGAGGGAAGAAUGAAGCAGAUGACGAAAAAAGAGAACUAAUAUUCAAAGAAGAUGGACAAGAAUACGCACAAGUACAACGUAUGUUAGGUAAUGGAAGAUGUGAAGCGCAGUGUACUGAUGGAACAAAACGUCUAUGUCACAUACGUGGUAAGAUGCAUAAAAAAGUAUGGAUUGCUGUUGAUGAUAUCAUCCUCGUUGGUCUUCGUGAUUAUCAGGAUGAUAAAGCAGAUGUGAUUCUGAAGUACAUGCCAGAUGAGGCGAGGCUGUUGAAGGCUUACAAAGAGUUGCCUGACAACAUUAGGCUCAAUGAGGGCCUUGGUGCUGGAUUUGAUGAAGACGAACAUGGUUUUGCUGAUAAUUGUGUUGAGUUUGAGGAUGAUAUUGACAGAAUCUAAAAGCUUACUGUGUGUUGUUUCAAUAUAG